AUGGCGGUCAAGCCACACGGCCUGACCACUGCUAUGGGCCCCGGCACGACACCGAUGCCGCGACCCGGCGCACGCCACGGCGCGCAUGCCAACGAGGCGCGCCCCAAGUACCGAGUAUUUGAGAAUGUGCGUCAUACCGAUGCGCCCAAGCCCGCGCACAGCACCGAGUCGGGCGGCGCCUCGCCCUCGGAUCAGGUGCUGGAGCGUGGCAUUCUUAUCGGCCCCUGGAAAAUCACGGUGCUGCACGGGAGCAUUGCGAAUGCGACCGAAGUCGACCAGCUUUCGGCGCUGCUCGAGGUCCCGCCGCCCGAGAUGCCGUUCCCCCGCAACGCGCUCGUGCUCGAGCACGAGCCGAGCGGCUUUUCGUACUGCUUCGACUCGACGCGCGCGCUGGCGUGUGUGCACGGUGUGCGCGAAGACGUGCGCCGCGAAGGCCUCGACUGCGUCCAAGAGAUGGCACUCGUGCCGAGCAGCACGCCCCGCCGCCGCCGCCUGUCGCAGAGUGCGAUCAAAGUCGCCUAUGCCCACGAGUGGGGCAAGUCACGGCAACUCAAGAACAUACUGGAGCCGUCACCGUCGCCGUCGAGUGAUUCGACGCCGUCGCCAAUCACGACGGCCAAGCAAUACGACUGGACCUACUCGUCGACAUGGCCCGGCUUCCCAGGCAGCCACGAGACGCCGGCGCUCGAGCAGCCCGAGGCGCGCGACGCGAAUGCGUGGACGGGCGCCUUUGAGCUGGCGCGCGACCCUGCGCGCGACCGCAUCCCGGUUGAGCGCCUGGGCCCGACGAGUGGCGAGCCGAUCCUCUUUUACGACGACGUGAUGCUGUACGAGGACGAGCUCGGGGACAAUGGCUCGAGCAUGCUGAAUGUCAAGGUGCGCGUCAUGCCGCAAGAGUUCCUCGUGCUCCAGCGCUUCUUUCUCCGUGUGGACGAUGUCGUGUUCCGCGUGUUUGACACGCGCAUGUACUGCUCGUUUGCGCCAGUCGACGGCGAGCCUGCCGAAGCGCCGAACGCGCCGACCUACCCCCGCGUGAUCCGCGAGUGCCGUGGCACCGAGGCGCCGUACGCAGAAGUGAAGCGGUGCCUUGUGCCCCACCGGCCCAACGAUCUGUCGCCCCUGACGAAUGUCAACUGGGUCGCCGAGACACUCGAGCGGCUGCAGAUGCAGCGCAUGCGUGCCGCGCAGGCCAACAUCCCUCCCGCGCACCUGCCAGGCGCCGCACACACUGGCGGCGCGCAGGUGCUCGGCGAGGUGCACGAGGCGGACAAUGUAUGGGAAGGGGAUGGACAUUGCAUUCAUGUGGCCGUGCUGCGGCCGCGCCCAUAG